GCUAAAGGGCCUACGUAUCUUCUUAGGGGGAGGUCUGCAGAGAAGGACAAAGAAACCGUCACUGAGCAGCUUUAUUGGCUUUACUGAGUUAGAAACGCUCAACUGUAAACAGAUUUUCGAAAUGACUCAAAAGACGCAAACAGGAACCGUGGCGCAAAUCAAAUUUCUAUUUAUUAUUGUGGUAUAUGGAGGCGUUUAAGGUCGUUUGUUCCCUACCAGUCUUCCCCAAAGCCGCAGGUCUGAGAAAUACGUGGUGCAUAUGUAGCUACGUAUACAACCGCCGCCUGUCUCUUUAAGACGAUGUGUUGAGAAGUUCAAGUCAGGGUCACUUGAAGUUCCUGCCCUCGCUGUUACCUUUUAGUUUUAUUAUAGACUGACAUCACACGGGGCGCUAAAACACUUAAGGCGCAUAGAGGCUCCAUUAUCAUCCCGGUGCGCCUUAUUGCACCGAUUCAAAAAUAGCUAAGGAAAUUGCUAGAAAAAAAUUAGGAAACUGAUGUUGGUCCGAGCACGUAUUUUUUUUUUUACAGGAGGAGACGAGAAAGAGGGCAGAGGAGGGGCAGAAAGACAGAAAAAGAAGGUGGGGGAGAGAGGAAAGUGGGUGGGAGGACGGACCUAAGGAGCGACAAGAAAUUCAUAUCAAUUAAUAAUCGUAAAAAAAGAGCUGGCAGACGUGUUCGGAAAACUGGCACGGGUUUUGGAGGCUGGCAGUUCAAAGCUGAAACGUCAGAUAUGACUCCUAGAUUCUGCCGAGAUGAUCAUUAAGGGAGACUUAGAUCGGAUGGCAGAAGACAUCGGGCAUGCAGGUGGCGGACUGAAGACGAUGCUGGAUGCCAUGGAAGUGCCAAGUCAUGCUAGGGAUCUCCUCCUGCAGCUCAAUAGCCAGCGCACCAAGGGCUUCCUCUGCGAUGUUAUCAUUGUGGUUCAGAACGCCCUCUUCAGAGCUCACAAGAACAUUCUGGCUGCCAGCAGCCUCUACUUGAAGUCGUUGGUGGUCCAUGACAAUCUCAUCAACCUUGACCAUGAGAUGGUGAGCCCAGGGGUCUUCAGGGUGAUUCUGGACUACAUCUACACCGGCCGCCUUAGCGAGGGAGACCCCACCUCUCCCACUGAACCCAAUCUAGCUGCCGUCUUGGCAGCAGCCAGCUACCUUCAGUUGCUUGACUUAGUGGCGUUGUGCAAAAAGAAGCUGAAAAGAAAUGGCAAGUACCCAGCGCGCACAGGUCCCACUUUUUUACCCUACCCAAAGAUGGGGCCCAAUAGUUUGGGUCCGGGGAAUGGCAGCAGGUAUAGGAUUUCCACUCCUGUCAUUCAACCCUGCCCUCCAGGAGGAAUUUUAAAUAGCCACCAACCCCGAGUGACGCCACUAGAGGAGCUAGUUCCCCAUCGAAUGGCCAUCCACACUGGGGAGCUGUAUGCUCCCUCCUCCACCCAGGGCCCCCCGAUAUUUCCCUCUCUGCCACCACCUCUGCCUGCCCAACUGGGUCGCUCAGCCCACCCCGAGAGAAACUGCUCCCCCAACUAUGGCCUUGACCUCUCCAAGAAAAGCCCCAACUCGCAUUCUCAGCUUCCACCCUCUCAGUCCCACCUGGUGAACGCUCACAAUGAAGAGGAGCGAGACGGGACUCUGAGCAGCCGUACGAGUCCCAUGCAGGAGUCCAAUGGAAGGACUUUCCCCUCAGAAAAAAUGGAGUCCACCGAUCAAGGAAACUCCCUAACUCCUCCACCUUUCUCACAUCUCAACCAGCCUCUCGGCCCCCACCUCCCCCAUCUGCACCGCUCAGGCUCCCAGGGUACAGAACGCUACCCUUGCCCCCCCAGCCCAGACACCCCUACAGAUGGGGUAGACGCAAGCAACAUCUACCGCUGGGUGAAACACGAACCGAUAUCGUACACAGCUGAAGACGAUGAAGAGGAUGAGGAUGAGGAGGAGGGGGGUGAAAACGGAGAGCAGCAUCACAAUCAUCACAAGGCCGGGGAGGAAAGCGAAGGCGUAGAUGACAAGAGCGGGUCGGGCACGGAGGAGACAGGCAGCAGCGAAGGCCGCCCGUCCCCGACCGGACCAAUGGGGAGGUUUCACCUGCCGUAUGAGCCAGAGAGCUUCGGGGACAAUCUGUACGUCUGCAUUCCCUGUGACAAAGGCUUCCCGAGCUCCGAGCAGCUGAACGCACACGUGGAGACGCACACAGAGGAGGAGCUGUACGGCGGAGAGAUGGGAAACAGCAAUAACAGCAACAGCAAAAACAACAGCACCAAUACAAACGGUUACAGCAGCUUGACCAGCCUGUCCCACCUGGAGACCAAGUCGGGCCAGGGCCUGGGCUCCGGAGGCAUUGGCGAGAUGAUCCGACCCUACCGCUGCUCCACCUGCGACAAGUCCUACAAGGACCCGGCCACCCUGCGCCAGCAUGAGAAGACCCACUGGCUGACGCGGCCGUACCCCUGCAGCAUCUGCGGCAAGAAGUUCACGCAGCGCGGCACCAUGACGCGCCACAUGCGCAGCCACCUGGGCCUCAAGCCCUUCGCCUGCGACUCCUGCGGCAUGCGCUUCACCCGCCAGUACCGCCUCACGGAGCACAUGCGCAUCCAUUCCGGGGAGAAGCCCUACGAGUGUCAGGUGUGCGGGGGAAAGUUCGCCCAACAGCGCAAUCUCAUCAGCCACAUGAAGAUGCACAACAGCAGCGGGACCGCGGGGGGCCUGAGCGCGGACGGAAAGCUAAAGCUGGACUUCGCAGAGGGCAUCUAUCCCCUCAGCAAAUAUGCAGCGGAGCACCUGGGGCUCAAGCAGGAGAAGGCCAACGAUCUCCUCAUCCAAGCCCAGCAGCAACUGGUAGCCGACAAGGUCAUGGAGAGCCUCUACCCACUGUCCAAACUGGCCUCAGAGCACCUGGGCAUCCCUCACAGCAAGAUAGACGUCCUGGGCCAACCCUUGCCGCCGCCCCCACAAGCCCUGUCUGACGCCCGCACCAUCGACCGCUACUCCCCCAGCUAAAGCACACCAGCUGUAGGAAUGGCGACCAACAGUAGGUGUUUGAGCACACACACAACUUGCAGUAUUCUGAAGCCAGCCACCUCAACGCAGUAUCUCCUCUGCACCUCAGACUCAGGCCAAAAGGAAGUGGUCUGCCAAUGCACACCCAGAUGUGCGGACUGUAAGUGCCUUCUUAUACAUGUAAUGUAUCGAUGCUUCCUCCUCCACACGGGGGACCUGUGCUAUUCAGUGACCAAGAGACACUCGGACUCGCUCAGAAAUGUACAGUGUUUAUGUACAAGUGUAUGCAAAGAAACAGCGUAGAAGAAAUUCCAGCCAUUGAGCCAAAGUGACAAAUUGAAAACCAAAAUGAAAUAGUUUUUAUUUAUUUUUGUAUCAUAGUGAAACCCAAAGAGAAACUGUUGCAAUCUAACCCCAAACCUGUGUACUAAAACCUGUAAAAGCACAAGAUUCAGGGUUUGGGUCCAGCCCUGAGUGGAACCUUUGCCAAAAUGAUCACUUCUGGACUUUAAAGUAUUCGGAUUUUUUUUCCUUUUCUUUAUUUUUAAAAAUGUUCAUUUUUGGGGUACUGGACAAUUCAUGUAUCUCACCCUCCAGCGUCUUCCGAUUAUGUUCCCACUUCUCGAGUUCCAAAAGGAAAUGACUGAGCGAUAAAAGCAAUUGCUUCAGCAUUUCGGUAAAGUCUGCUCUGCUUCAUUUUCCUUUUUAAACCCACUCCCACACAUAUUUGUUGUGGAUGAAGGCUCAUGCUAAGUGACAGUAAUGGUAGCUUAAUGAGGCCGGCACUCAGCCUGUAACCCUUGUUGAGCUAAAACUUCCUUCGCAUUUUUCACCCUUUAGCUUUCGCUUGUUAUUGAGUUAUUGAGACGCGGCGAGCACAGCCCUGUGAUCUCAUAACUGGGACAUGAUUGCGCAUACCCAACUGAUGACACACUAAUCCCCCCC